AUGCUCUUCACCCGCCUCUUCUUCUCAGUCUUGGCUUCGGCUUCCCUCGCUCUCGCGGUGUGCUACCCAUCCGGAAAGCAGAGCAUGUACGACAAAGACCCGGGUAUCCUCGACAUUGAAAAAGUUUGCAAGGGGCUGGCUGGGUCUUACUACAGACACCAGGCCAGACGGGCUUGCAUAGUUGACGAGAAUCGAGUCACCUGGGGCUUCGAGCUCAAGUUCAUCGGUCUCGAUAUGAACCGUGACAUUGCCGCAAAGGAGUGCAUGAAUGGGAUGGACAAGGAGGCGACAUGCGCCUACGGCGGUAUUCAUUCGUACUGGAAUUGGAGAUACAAAGCUACUCCAAACGUCGGCACGGAUUGUUAUCCUGCGCCUUACUGGAAGCCUCUUCACGCCUAUGAUCCGCAAGACAAUCCGGAUGUCUUGAGAUGUCGCCAGGCUAAAGGGGGUGUAUUGAAGUGCUGGGACGAUAAGCAGUCUAUUCCGGCGCAGUAUUAG